AUGAUAGAGCUCAAUAUCAAAGCUGUCAACAUGCUAAACUAUGCUAUUAGCUUUGAGGAAUACCGAAAAGUAUCAAGGUGCAAAACAGCAAAGGUGAUCUGGGAUAAGCUCCAAGUCACACAUGAAGGCACUAUUCAAGUGAAGCAAACCAGAAUUGACAUGCUAUAUAGAGAAUACAAAAUGUUCUCUAUGAAGGAAGGAAAAUCCAUUGAUGAUAUGUUCAAAAGGUUUUCCAUCAUCAUCAACGGCUUAGAUGCUAUAGGGAUUACUCACUCUGAACCUAUAUUCGUGAGGAAAGUCCUGAGAAGUCUUACAAAAGAGUGGAAAACUAAGGCUAUUGUCAUAGCUGAGAGUGGUAAUAUUAGUCAAAUGACUUACGAUGAAUUGAGAGGAAAAUUAUUUGCUUUUGAAGUCACACACUUAAAAAAUGAUACAAAAAAAGGAGUUGCUCUCAAAUAA